AUGGCAACUACCUCGGCACUAAACACAACGAUACCGCCACUGAACAAAACGACACCGCCACUGUAUAGAAUGACACCGUUCGAACUUCCAGAAGCCUUCCGAAUUGCAGAAACAGUAUUUCUAUCAUGUUGCGUAGCGUUAUGUCUGACUGGGAAUACUUUGAUCUUGCUGUCUCUAAAACGCUACCUGACCCUACGUACACCUGCUAACGUAAUCCUAGGAAGUUUGGCAUUCUCUGAUCUGCUCAUGGCUAUCCCAAUGUUCAUAAUGAUGCACACUUUAGCCACCAGAAAUUUUACAGGCGUACAUACGGACAUCCAAGCUGGGAUAUCUACUACCCUCGUCGCCACAGCCAGCCUACAUAUUGGCCUGAUCAGCCUUGAUCGUUUUAUUUCAAUUCGCUAUGCUUUGCGAUACGUCAGCCUUGUGACAAUGAGCCGAAUCGCAAAACUUUUAGCCUUAAUCUGGGGCGUUGCUGUGACCCUAGUUGGAAUGGUCCUACUAUUAACUGCAACUCUAGCACCGAAUUCGGAUGCAAAACGGAUUCUGUUUUAUCGUAGACCUCCAAUAACAGAACGCUACAACACACAUGACUUUCAUCCUUUGAUUAUUGUCUACAAAACAUUG